AUGUCAACAGACCAGAUUUACUCUGCCAAAUACUCUGGUGUCGAUGUUUACGAGUUCAUACAUCCUACGGGAUCCAUAAUGAAGAGGAAAACAGACGACUGGGUCAACGCUACACAUAUCCUGAAAGCGGCAAAGUUCGCAAAGGCCAAGAGAACACGCAUACUGGAAAAAGAAGUGAUUAAGGAUACUCACGAAAAGGUUCAAGGUGGGUUUGGUAAAUAUCAGGGGACUUGGGUGCCUCUCACUAUUGCGAGAACACUAGCAGACAAAUUCGAUGUUUUGGAAGAGCUCAAACCGUUAUUUGAUUACACACAAUUAGAAGGCUCUGCUUCGCCUCCAAGAGCUCCAAAACACCACCACGCUUCACGGACGGAUUCGGGGCGUAAAAAAGCUGUCAGAACCAGUUCUACAGCAUCCAAUGCUGCUGCAAAUUCUAAUUCUACAACUGGGACGCCAACUGAAGCCACAACACCAAAUGUACCGAGAAAGCGCGGGAGACCGCCAUCCAAGAAAAAAACGAACCAAAGUGACAACACCCUAGAGAGGUCCCAAAGCGACAUGACUUUCCCGCGGCCAGCAAUCCCACUUUCGUCUAUCUCGUCCAAAAGAUUACCAUCCAUUCAAAGUCCGCUUCAAAGAACGACUAGUCUAGAUCCGACGAUUAUGCGAGAACAAGACACCCCGCCGCAACAAUACAAAGAGCAGGAUAUCGAUGACGGUCUUUCUAGCGACAUAGAGCGCUCAAUUGUCACAAAAGUAGAGAGGAACCAGUCUUCCUCAUCUUCACUCCCGACUUCGCCAGGCGGCUUAUCCGACGACAAUACGUUUGACCAACGCGGAGGACCUGGCUCGGCUGGUCGCGACGGCUUAGGAAGUACGACUUCUCCUCUUUCGAACAUGAUACCGCGGUUUAACAGUCAGUCUUUCAAUAACCAAACGUCAGACAUCAACACUAAAGUAAGUGGAUAUCUGUCCAAGCUCGUGGAUUAUUUUGUAUCCAGUGACAUGCAUUCUGAGGAAGCCGUGCCACCGGAGCUUUUAUAUCCUCCCCAAAACAGUGCUCCGUAUAUUGAUGCGUGGAUAGAUCACGAACAUCAUACUGCAUUUCACUGGGCCUGUGCAAUGGGGAAUUAUGCGAUAGUAGAGGCUCUUUAUAAUGCUGGCGCUAAUACACGCGCCGUUAAUGUCCAGGGGGAGAAUCCCUUGAUUCGGUGCUCCACUUUUCACAACUCAUUCACUAGGCGCACUUAUCCUCGAAUACUCCAACUUUUGAAUGAGACGAUAUUUGAUGUCGACUCAAAACUACAAACGGUAGUACAUCACAUCGUUCAACGGAAGUCUUCAACACCUUCUGCUGUGUUUUACUUGGACGUUCUGUUGUCGAAACUCAAGGACUUGUCACCACAAUACCGAAUAGAACAUCUUAUAAAUGCGCAGGAUCAAGAGGGCGACACUGCUCUUCACAUAGCUGCCCGUAACGGAGACAGCAAGUUUUUUGAACGCUUAGUACAGCAAGGCGGGCUAUCCACAAUCAAGAACCUGAAAGGUUUUACUGGAACGGAGCUUAUGAACCAGACUAUACUAUCAUCGCAACCGUCUUCUGCCACAAACGGUAGAUUCAAGCAAGCUCUUACUCCGUCGUCUCCCUCAGACUUCUUUAUGUAUCCUUCACAGACGGCUACGAGACUUAGUCGUGGAAUACCCGAGGUGGUGACCGUUAUGAAGGAAAUGAUUGAUUCUUACAACAGAUUACAUCAAAGCAGGGACGCUGAUGUGAUGAAUCUCGAGAAAACGCUCAAAGGCAUGGUGAAAACAACUUCCAAUGUGAAUUUCAAAAUUUCAGAAGCUCUGGAAGCCGAUGACUUUCAUCAAAGUAACAAUAUGGAAGACCUUUUAUCAGCGCGCACACAGGAAACUCAGGAAUUGAGGAUUCAAAUGAGCCAUAGUGAGAGAGAAAUGUAUCACAGGCUUGAAAGACAUCAAGCCAAGCAAUUGGCAAAGCUGGUUCAAGAAGAAGAAAGCGUAAUCUCGCAGCAUGUUGAAGAAACGGAUAAAAAUGACAAGACAACACAACUGAGGCUGGCCCUUCAGUUGUGCCAAAUGCAAAUGAAGAGACGAAAUAUGCUUUCAGAAACCUUGAAAGUUAUUGGAGAUAAUUCCAAGAUCUACAAGUACCGUAAAAUGAUUUCGCAUGGAACUGAGAUUGACAUUACGGAGGUAGAUAGAUCUCUUGACGUGAUUUUGAAUAGUUUAGACAAGAAUAGUGUAGACGUGUAA